GUAUGCAUUUCUAUUUUUAUAUUAUCUAAACAUAAAAAUAAUCCUGUUGUAAUUUAAAUUCGUUCGAAUUAUAUAAGACGCCACAAAUAUAUUGGAAAAUAUAAAAGUUAGAAGUUUAAGGUUAUGAACAAUACCGGUAUUUAUUCGUCGAACAAAAACAAGUAGGUUAGGUUAGAUCACGCUUUAAAAUCUUCACAUAUUCAGAAUAGAAAGACCAAAUAUUUCAUAAAUGUAAUUUUCGAAAUGAAUUCCGACAUAAUAAAAAAGGGAACGACAAUCUUUACUGGUAGACCAUUUGUUUUUACUCUUAACUCGAAACAUAGGACUACUCGAUGUGACAACUGUUUGAAGAGUGGGAAAUUGUUAAAGUGCUCGAGUUGUCAGUAUGUGUAUUAUUGUGACCGCAAUUGUCAGAAAGAAUCGUGGCCGAUACAUAAGGCAGAAUGUACACGUUUGAAAAAGGUGUCACCGAAAGUGUUGCCAGAUGCGGCUCGACUUAUGGCACGUAUCAUUCUCAAACUCAAUCAAGGUGGAGCCGAGGAAGUGGGCUAUUACACUGAGAAAAACUUCAGAAGAUUCAAGGACCUAAUGUCUCAUUAUUCAGACAUAAAAGUGGAUGUUAAGCGAAUGGAACAUUUCACCAUGUUAUGUGGAGUUUUAUCCCAGUUUCUCGAUGAGACAUUUAUGCCUAAUAUCGCAGAGUUGAUGGGUAUUUAUGGCAGGAUAUGUACUAACUCUUUUAACAUAUUGGAUAUCAAUAUGAAUACUAUCGGAGUUGGUAUUUAUCUGGGAGCAUCUGUGAUAGAUCAUAGUUGUAAACCUAAUGUGGUUGUUGUUUUUGAAGGAACUACCAUUAUUGUUAGAACAUUAACAGACCUUCCUUCUUUGAAUUGGUCGCAGAUAAGAAUAUCCUACGUGGAUUUACUCAAUUCUAAUAAAGAUAGACGUGAGGAAUUGCACAGUUCGUACUACUUUUGGUGUGAUUGCGAAAGGUGUAAGAAAGAGGAACCAAUGGCCGAAGCGGCUGCAUGUCCAAACUUAUUAUGCGACUCGCCGUGUUCGAUUGAAGCUGACGAAUGCGAGAAGUGUAACACGGAAAUAUCUGUAGAAUUUAAAGAGACAUUUCGGGAAGUCGUCGAUUUUACUGUUCACCACUUGGAAAAAAUGAAAACUAUGGCUUAUCUUGAUGUUAGUAAGAUAUGUUUGAAGAAGCAGAAGGGUGUAAUGCAUAAAUUUAAUAUACAACAUGUCCGUACUCUAGAAAUGGCUCAUAUUGCGGCUAUGAACCUGAAGUGCUGGGAAGAUGCGGAGUUUUAUGGCAAGGAACUUGUGUCAGGAUACUUAUUGUAUUACGGGGAAAUACACCCUUUGACAGGACUGCUGUAUCUCACGGUAGGAAAGAUACAGUUGCACUUGGAAAAACCAAAAGAAGCGCUCCAAGCAUUAACUAAAGCGAACACGGUGCUAACGAUAACGCAUGGUGAUAAACACUCUAUAAUAGAAGAAGAAUUGAGACCUUUGCUCUAUCAAGCUGAUAUGGAGUCGAAUAGCGCGUAACGAUCUUAAAUUUUUGUAAUUUUUAUAGUAAUAAAGUAUUGUUUAA